CAGGUGGGUGCGCUGGCACGGGAGCGCCCUCGAGGGGUACGGCCCGCGGGCGGCCCAGCUCGCCGAGCGGUCCAGCGCCCUCGUGGACCCCUCGCUGUGCCUGGGGGCCGGGCAGAUCCUGCGCGUGGAGUUCGUGGCCAGCGGCCCGGGGCGCUGCUUCCGCCUGUUCGCCGUGGGGGAGGCGGUGCGGUUCGUGGACGACGUGAGCGCCAGCGCUGCCGGGCUGAACGCGAAGGAACCCGCAUGGAUCAGGUCCACUGGGGUCGCCCCGGAGGCCUGGGGCUGGUUCAGAGAUGACGCCAUCCCCUGGAGCUUCGAGGCGCGCGAGUGCAUCGGGUUCGGAUUCGCCCCCACCAGCGACGCCGACGACUCGUGCAGGGUGCCCUUCUCGAGGGCGGCCGGCGGGCGCCGCGUAGUGCGCUUUUCUGGCAUGGACCUGGAGGAUGAGAGCCUGCUUCGGGGCGGGCAGGAGUACACCAAGUGGGAGUCCACCCGAGUGCAUGCCGUCAGGGUCCUGUGGGCAAACCUGACCGAGCGCAGCGUGGCGUCACUGGACGAGGCGCUGGCCGAUGGGGUUGACGCCGAGUUCGAGCAGCUGCGGCGCGCGGUGCACCUGCGGGGGUCCCUCGUGCACCCCUCGGUUGCGCAGCGCGCCGCGCGCGCGUCCGAGCUCCUGGCGGGGGUCGAGGGCGCGAUGGCGGCGCUCAUGGUCCAAAGCUGCCAGGUCCUCUUCUUCACGCUGGUGCAGCACGAUGCCCCCCGCGGGCGGGAGGAAGACCACCGGCGGUGGACGGCGCGCUUCGACCACCUCGUGGGCCUCGCCGCGUGCGUCGCCGCCGCCGCGGCCUGCGGCAGCGGGGCCCCGCCGCAGUGGGCCGCGGACGUGCUGGGCCUGGCGCUGAACCUCUGGGCCAACGUCUGGGCGCUGCCCGAGCACUCCGCCUGGGGCCUCGGCUUCUGGGACGUACGGCUGCUGGCCGCGGGCG